UUUUAAUACCUGUGUGCUUGUACAAGUGCUAUAUAAACUAUGUGCAUUUUCAUAAGCAUCACAAUUGUGUUACUUAGGGAAGAUAAUGAGGCAAUAUUGUCUUCCUUGAGCAGGUCUGUACUGGCAUCCUGCAGCAGCAUGAAGGGAUCCCACUUGUUCCUCUGCCUGUUCUCCGUGUCGUGCUGGUUGAAUCUGAUGCCAACAGCUGGGAACAGAAUCUUCCACUUUGGACACUGCAGGGUUUCAAUGAGCAUGACUGAGAUCAGGCUUGGCUUCACUGCAAUUAAAGCCAACAUUCAAGCCAGAGACCCCAUCAGGACCCUGAGCAUUUUGUCCCACCCACACUCUCUGCACAAGGUUAAGUCUUCAGAUAGAUGCUGCAUCACCCAUCACCUCUUCAACUUCUACGUGGACAAAGUCUUCAAGCACUGCAAGACCGAGGAUUCAUACAUCAACCGAAAGAUCAGCAGCAUAGCCAACUCCUUCCUCAGCAUGAAGAGGACACUCAGGCAAUGUCAUGAGCAAAACAAAUGCAUGUGUGGAGAGGAAUCCACCGAGAAAUUUAAGCAAAUACUUGCAAAUUAUGACAGGCUAAAUGUCACAUCUGCAGCAAUGAAAUCCCUGGGUGAGCUGGACAUCCUACUAGGUUGGAUGGAGAAGUCUCAGAGAGCAGAAGGUGUUAACACCCCACCAACAGCCGGGGCUAAGGAAGCUGCUGGCACAUUGCACACACCAGUGGUGAGCAGGAAGACAAUGUGCUGUACCACUGCAGAAUCCCACUGAUUGCAGCUGUGUUCAGUCAGAUACCAAGUGUUUUACUAGCUGGGUACAUAGGUGAAUGCAUCAGCAGAGCCUUGCAUGAAGGUGGAAAUACCGAGGUUGAUCAAAUGAGCACAGCACUCACUUAGCUGCCUUCUAUCAAAGGAUGCUCUCCAAGGGAAGAUCUCAUAGGGUUUCUCUUGCUGCAGAUAUAGACUGUGAUAAUUUCAUUAAAAUAUUGGUUAAAUUAUCAUUUUUUAUAUAGGGAAUGUAUAUUCAUGACUGCUGGAAUGACUCUGAUGUAGUUAAUGCUGCAGAGCAGUGCCCAUACAUCUGAGCUCAGUCUUAUGUGGCUGCUGCUGCUGCUUGAUCUGGCUGAAAUGAGGUUAACAGGGUGAGAAAUGCUUCCAAGAACAGGUCCUAGCAGGUGUGUCAGGCCUUAGAAAUCUGUGUUUCCUUUUGAGAUGAUAUUUUGUGCCUUAUCAGUAAAAGAACAGUUCCUACAUGAGAUAUGUGGUUGCUGAAUAGUAAGCUUUGUGGAAAUCUGUUACAAUUACUGUAA